GAUCGCGAAACCAAAGCCUGCCAGGCUGUUAGCCCGUUAUUAUUGCCACAGCACUGGAGAAGGGGAAAUUUCUUAACCUACGGGCCGGAAAAGAAGUGGGUAGCCGAGCUCGACGAGGGUCAAUCUGCUACUGACUGUGGACGCCCAUCGUCGAUUCUUAAAAGUAUGCCCGUUUCCCCCUUCCCGACGGACUCGUAGGGCUUUCUUUGAGUUUGAACUAGACGACAUCUUGCUCCCCUCUCAUCCACGUCUCCUUCCCCACAUACCAAAUCUGGUAUAUCAAGGAGCCUUUCUUGAGAGGACCGAACCGGAUCUUGAAUACCUCGGAUACGGCACACAGUACGAACGAACCGCACCCUACGCCUUUACUUCUUUGACCAUAAUCCAAUAUGGCGGCAACCAAGACCGACUACCAAAUCGCCUCGCUGGCCGCGGGCUUCACAAUCGGCUUUGGUUUCUUGACAGUAUGGGAGGCCAUGAAGCAGACGAGACGGAAUCGUAACCCCCUCCGAAGCACAUACAUCUACAUGAUGUGGGGUGAAAUCAUCGCCAACCUCGUUAUUGCCGUCAUCGGAUGGUUAUUCUUAGAUGGCAUAUUAGGGCCAACAGUACCGGUCUUAUUCUUCAUCCUAUUCCUAUGGGUGUGGGAGAUCCAGUUGCUGAUGCAAAUCAUCAUCAACCGUAUUGCCGUCAUUGCGGAGAGUCAAAAGACCAUUCGCAUGCUGAAAUGGGGAACGGCUGUGGUUAUCACCUUGAUCAACAUCGCCGUCUUCUGCAUCUGGAUUCCCUCCCACCUUGACCCUCCUAUUAGCCAAACUUAUGUCAAUAUCAAUCACUACUGGGACCGUCUCUCCAAAAUCCUCAUACUCAUCGUUGACGCUGGCCUCAACUGGUAUUUCCUCCACGUCGUCAAGGCUCGCCUGCUGACCCAGCAUGGCUUGGUCAAGUACAAGCCUCUGGUUGGCUUCAACGCAAAGCUGAUGGUUCUGUCAAUUGCCAUGGACGCUAUGCUCAUUGGACUCAUGUCACUUCCCAACCAAGUUGUCUACAUCCAAUUCCACCCCGUGGCCUACAUGGUCAAGCUCAACAUCGAAAUGUCCAUGGCCUCAUUGAUCACACGCCUCGCAAAGGACCAAGAUAGCGGUUUCAGGUUCAACUCUCUCUCAUACUCCCAGGGACAUUCUCGAGGUCACCGCACGAAUCCAACUGGUCUCGACAACGGUCACAACGGCCACCAUGAAACCGGAGGUCUCAAGAGUUUCCACCGCGCCAGCGUCGGAGCCGUUCCUGAGGAUCGGGACCUCGAAGCCAUUCGGGAAGCUAGAACUGGCAUCCACCGAAGAGUCGAUGUUGAAGUCCGCGUUGAGUCGCACUCGCCAAAGUCGAACCCUGCCUCAUCUUUCAGCGGGCGUCACGAUGAUGCGGCGAGCGGAAGCUCUUUCUACAGGGUUGAUGAUGAGGACUCGCUGACCAGUAACCCCGGACAUCCUCGGUCAUCAGAGAAGAAGGAGAUGAGGGGUUAGAUGAUGCGGCUAUGUAAUUGAUGGUAAUGGUUGGGAUGGAUGCUUGCAGACUCUGUUCUGGCAUGCGAUGAUCAAGGCUCUUUUUCGUUACGAAUACCCCUGUGCUAUACUCACAACGCCUUUUUUCUUUUGUAUACUAGUCCUAGAUGAUAUGGGCGAGACUGAUUAAUAUCAAGCCUCCUGAGUGUACUAGGAGGAUCUCAUUGUAAGGAUCCAAAAUUG